CAUGUCGUCCUUUGUUUACAUUUUGCUUCGAUCGAUAGAAAGCCGGGAAGAUGUCCGUGUUAAGACGAGUUUUACCAUUUCUUUCGCAAAAUGCGAACCGUUUAACGCUCCAAAGACGUUGUUUGUCUUCAGAAUCAAAGCCUGCACCAUGGCCACGGAAGGUGUUCUCCGGUGUGCAACCGACUGGAGCGCUGCACAUUGGCAACUAUCUGGGCGCCGUGAAACGGUGGGUUGAAUUACAGGAGGCCGGCGAGGACGUUACGUACUGUAUCGUUGAUCUACACUCCAUGACCAUUCCACCGGAGCCCGAUACGUUACGUCACAACACACUACAGAUGACUGCAACACUGCUGGCCUGCGGUAUCGAUCCAGCGCGCGCCACACUUUUCCUGCAGUCCGCCGUGCCGCAGCAUGCAGAACUGUCCUGGAUACUGGGUUGUCUUACCACGAUGGCACGCCUAACGCACCUACCCCAGUACAAGGAAAAGUCCGCCAACAUGAAGGAAAUUCCUCUGGGGUUGUACCUUUACCCGGUGCUGCAAGCGGCCGACAUUAUGCUGUACAAAGCUACCCACGUCCCGGUCGGCGAGGAUCAGGUCCAGCAGCUGCAGCUCGCACAAUCGUUGGCACGCGCGUUUAACAACAAGUACGGCCGAACGUUUCCCUUCUGCGAAACACUAGUGAACGAGGGAAGUCGACUGAAAUCGUUGCGCGAUCCGGCGAAAAAGAUGUCCAAAUCCGAUCCCGAUCCGAAGAGCUGCAUUAUGCUGAUCGAUUCGCCCGAUGUGGUGCUGGAGAAGGUGAAGAAAUCGGUGACGGAUUUCAAGUCCGAGGUAACGUUCAAUCCUGACGAGCGACCUGGUGUUGCGAAUCUGAUUACGAUCCAUUCGCUGGUGAGCGGAAAAACAACGGAUGAGAUAUGCCGGGAGGCGCAGGGUAAGAACACGGGCCAGUACAAGCUGGUGGUGGCCGAAGCGUUGAUAGAACAUUUGCGACCGAUCCGGGAGCGGAUGGAACGGUACACGCGGGAUGUGGGCUUUUUAGCGGGCGUCAUCGAGGAAGGAAGCGAACGGGCAAGAGCGAUUGCUGAGCAAACGAUUGACGAGGUAAAGGAGAAGAUCGGUGUGGAUUGUUUCAGCGUGAAGCGGAUGCUAAAGAAUGUGCGGCAAGAGCAAUAAAUAAGGGUAGCAAGUGAACUAACUAACUUGGUAGCUUACCUGAAAUUCGCAGUAUUGCGCUCGAUAAAAA